ACACAUAUGGACUGAGGGACCCGAGGACAUCCAUUUUCCUAGUUGAUAUCACAUUUUUAUUAAUUUAGCACUUUAACACACCACUGAGUGCACACAGUGUUUAAUGUAUUUUCUUAUAAGAUAAUUUCAAAGAUCUUCUAAAGCCCAAGGGAUAUUUUCUUAUCUACAAGUUGAGUUGUGUUUGCUGUCCCUCCACAAUGGGUGCGUUUAUUGCCAAGAUGCUGCUUCCGACAGUCAGCAGCCUGGUGUUUCUGCCUACAGCCAGUGUGGCUGCCAAGAGGGGCUUCCACAUGGAGGCCAUGGUCUACUUCUUCACCAUGUUCUUCACUGCGAUCUACCAUGCAUGUGAUGGACCAGGCCUCUCCAUUCUGUGUUUCAUGAGAUACGACGUUCUGGAGUACUUUAGUGUUUACGGCACAGCUCUCUCCAUGUGGGUCACACUGAUAGCUCUGGGCGACUUUGAUGAACCCCAGCGCUCCAGUAUGACCAUGUUUGGAGUGCUGACCAUCGCUGUGAGGAUCUACCAGGAUCGCUGGGGCUACGGGAUCUACUCCGGACCCAUCGGAUCAGCUGUCUUCAUCAUCACUGUCAAAUGGCUGCAGAAGAUGAAGCAGCUGAGGGGAGUGUAUCCAGAGAAGACAGUGUACACGCAGCAGGUCGGUCCAGGCUGCUGCUUCGGGGCUCUCGCUCUGAUGCUGCGUUUCUACUUUGAGGAGUGGGACUACGCCUAUGUCCACAGCUUCUACCAUCUGUCUCUGGCGGUGUCCUUCAUCCUGCUGCUGCCAAAGAAGAACCGCUACGCAGGGACGGGACAAAACGCAGCUAAACUCAGCUGGUUCACUCUCUGCUGCUGUUCCAUGUCCCCUGGUACUACUAAAGAGAAGACAGACAAGCCGAAGAAGAAGUCGUCUCGUACCGUGUGGACAAUCCCCACAGAGAAGCCGUGGAAACAACGCAGUAGCACCCCAAUCCUGCCUCUUUACACCCCCCCACCCUCCACACCUGUCAAAGGGACCAGCAUCAGCAAGCUCAAAGAGAUGAACGGCUGGAAGUGAACCCCAAAACGUAAAUGUCUUACGUAGAAGGACUUCAUCCUGAAGGACAGGCAGAAAUAGUGGUCGGCUAGGCGCGGGAAACAGGAAAAUCACCAAAUAAUUGUCAGCCAUGCUGAUAAACUUGUAUGUGGCGGUUAAGUUAAUCUUCUUCAGCAGGAAACCAACCAUCAUGAGGAUGUUCCUUUCUACUCCAGAAAAUCAUUGUUGGCUGGUAGAAUAUGUAAGGACAGAAGCAAUUUCAGGAAUCCACCAGUAAUUGUAGCUAGCAGAUAAAGAGGCAAAAGGGCCCGAAAGUGGUUCUAAAAUUUAAGGGCCAGAACAAAAGAGGAAUCAGGCCUCCAGCGUCCUCAAAGAACCAAUAUGAACACAGUUGUCUGAAGCACAUGUCCAGAGCUGAGGACAGGCAGCACGCUACGAAAGAACACACACAGAACAAACAGGGAGACGGUGGCUGAGACAAACCAGUAAAACUGACUGGGAAAUUUAUGAGAAGAGCAAACAGGCAGAUGGUUUAUCUCUCCAAAAUAUAUAAAUUGUCUUUAGAAAUGUUCCUCAGGGGAGACCUUUCGUCUGCUCGCCUCUGUCUGUCCGUGCCCCCUCCUCCUUCUUUUUCCCGUCUCUCUCAGGGAAAGGAAGCACGCGGCUGAAUUUGUUCAUGAGAAUUACAAGACUGUAAAGCACAUUUUACCGUUUUAAUAGUCCUCGAAGUGCCAAAUGUGUCAUGUGGAGCAUCAGAUGUUGGAGCAAGGGGAAGCGACAGCCCAGACGUCAGUCUGUAACCCGACUGAAGCAUCUUGAUGUGUUUCUGUAUCAGCAGGUGGACUCCUCUGUCUGUUGACUCUAGUUAACUAACAGAGCAGCUUUGGCUAUGACUUCUGUCUCUAAUGUGCACUGUAGACGUGUGAUGUUUCUGGUGAAAACCUUUAUCAAUAUAUUGUUAUUUAUUGCAGCACAGAAGAUUGUAUAUUCACUAUAGUGUGUUUGUUAUUGAUAAUUUUGUUAUAUUUUGAAAAUAAAA